AUGUCUCAUGCUAAGGAGUUCACCCUCGCGGAGGUCACCGCCCACAACACCAAGAAGGACCUGUACAUGGUCAUCCACGACAAGGUCUACAAUUGCUCCAGCUUCAUCGACGAGCACCCUGGUGGUGAAGAAGUUCUUCUCGACGUUGGUGGCCAGGACGGCACCGAGGCUUUCGAGGAUGUUGGCCACUCCGAUGAGGCACGUGAAAUUCUCGACGGUCUCUUCGUCGGCAAUUUGAAGCGCAUGCCCGGUGACCCCAAGCCCCAUUCCCACGCCAAAUCUUCCUCUUCCUCGUCCUCUUCUGAUGCCGGCAGCUUUGGUGUCGGUCUCUACGCUCUUAUCCUUAUUGGCGGUGCCAUCGCCUACGGUGCCUACAACUACCUUCAGGCUCAGCAGAACCAGCAGUAA